ACAUUAUAUUCCACACCAAGAAGUGGUAAAAAUAAGCAACGAGAGCAGAGUGACCGAGUUUAUCCUAAUGGGAUUUCCCCUCAGCCGCCAGAUGGAAAUCUUCCUCUUUGUCCUCUUCCUCAUGUUCUACCUGGUCACCCUCUCAGGCAACCUAGUCAUCAUCACCAUCACCUUGGCCGACUACCAGCUCCGAACCCCCAUGUAUUUCUUCCUGUGGAACUUCUCCUUCAUGGAGAUCUGGUUCACUUCAGUCACGGUGCCCAAGCUCCUCUCCAGUUUGCUCUUUGGGAGCAGGAUCAUCUCCUUCACCAGCUGCAUGAUACAAAGCUUCUUCUACUUCUUUCUGGUGGUGACGGAGUUCCUCCUUCUGGCCGUCAUGUCCUUUGACCGUUAUGUUGCCAUCUGUAACCCAUUGAGAUACACAGUCAUCAUGAACAGUCACGUCUGCUUCGUGCUGGUCUUUGGGGCCUGGACUGGGGCCUUCUUGUAUAUCCUUGGACCACUCAGUGCUGUCGCCGAGGUACCCUACUGUGGCCCCAAUGUGGUCAACCACUUCUUCUGUGACCUUACAGCACUGGUUAAGUUAUCCUGCAAGGACACCCAUGUCCUGGAGUCAGCCAUUUUCAUCAUGGCGUCAGUGCUUAUCCUGAACUCCUUGGUGGUGACUGCAGUGUCCUACACGUACAUCAUCACCACGGUGCUCAGGACCCCCAUGGCUCAGGGCAGGCAAAAGGCCUUCUCCACCUGCACCUCUCACAUCACAGUGGUGAGCAUCGUCUACAGCACCCACAUCUUCAUGCAUGUCCGUCCCAUUGAAAGCAGCUCCUUGGAGCUCAACAAGGUGGUGGCCUUGCUGACCUCCGUGGUGACACCAUCCCUCAACCCCUUCAUCUACACCCUCAGGAACAAGCAGGUCAAACAAGCCCUGAAGGAGGCCGUAGCCCAGAACAAGGUCUUCCUGUUCUACAAAAAGUUUAUCCCCUAA